CGCCCUUCUCGCUUGAACUACAAUUCCCAGGAUGCUCCGCGAACCAGGAGUGCGCACGCGUGUCGCUGGCGGAGGGGAACCAGCCGCACCGACAGCGCGGUCGAGUUGGGGGAGCAGUGGGCGGGUGGGUCCGGCAACUCCCUCCGAGUCAAGCGCAGGCCGACUGGCGGCUGCAGAGAAUCCAACAGCGGCGUGCGGAGGCAGUUCCCGCGGGUCCGUGAAGGAGGUUGACAGCUCCAGCGGACGCCUGUCAGCUUUAAGGAAAAGUAGAAAUCACUUCUGACUAUACUGAAUAGCAAGUGAGUUCUUACACUGCAGAUCAUGGCACUACCAUUCCGCAAGGACUUAGAAAAAUACAAGGACCUGGAUGAAGAUGAGCUUCUUGAAAAUCUGUCAGAAAUAGAACUGAAACAACUAGAAACUGUUCUGGAUGAUCUUGACCCUGAGAAUGCCCUUCUGCCUGCAGGUUUCCGGCAAAAAAAUCAGACGUCAAAGUCUGCCACAGGACCUUUUGAUAGAGAACACCUCCUUUCAUAUCUGGAGAAGGAAGCAUUGGAGCAAAAGGACAGGGAAGACUAUGUGCCCUACACUGGAGAAAAAAAAGGAAAAAUAUUUAUCCCCAAACAGAAACCUGUACAGACUUUGACAGAGGAAAGUGUAUCUGUUGAUCCAGAAUUAGAAGAAGCUUUGAUGAGUGCUUCUGAUACAGAAUUGUGUGACCUUGCAGCUAUUCUUGGGAUGCAUAAUUUGAUAACAAAUACACAAUUUUGUGAUAUAGUGGGAAGUAGUAAUGGUGUUGAUAAAGGACAUUUUUCAAAUGUAGUGAAAGGUGAAAAGAUUCUUCCAGCAUUUGAUGAGCCACCAAAUCCAACCAACGUUGAAGAGAGUUUAAAGAGAAUUAAAGAAAACGAUGCUCAUCUUGUUGAAGUUAAUUUGAAUAACAUAAAGAAUAUCCCAAUUCCAACCCUAAAAGACUUUGCAAAGGCUUUGGAAACCAAUACACAUGUGAAAUAUUUCAGUCUUGCAGCCACCCGAAGCAAUGAUCCUGUUGCUGUUGCUUUUGCAGAUAUGCUGAAAGUAAACAAAACUUUGAAGAGCUUAAAUAUGGAGUCCAACUUCAUUACAGGAGCUGGGGUUCUGGCACUGAUUGAUGGUUUAAGAGAUAAUGAGACCCUGGCAGAGCUUAAAAUUGACAAUCAGAGGCAACAGUUGGGAACAGCUGUAGAACUGGAAAUAGCCAAGAUGCUUGAGGAAAAUGCAAAUAUCCUUAAAUUUGGGUAUCAGUUUACACAGCAAGGACCCCGAACCAGGGCAGCUAAUGCUAUAACAAAAAACAACGACUUAGUGCGAAAGAAACGAGUUGAAGGAGACCACCAGUAAGUCCAACAAAGUAUAAAUCUUUGGAAGACUUCAGAACUUUACCAAGGGCUCAUGUUGGUGACAUCAGAUGUAAAAUUUUUCUGGGUAGAAGGGAAAAGACUGGAAAUCUUUUUUUUUGUUUGUUUGUUUGUUUAGCUUUUUUGUUAACUAUAUGCAUUAUUUUCCUAGUUUAAGUUGUUAUCAGUUUAAAAUUAUAAAAUCAAUAGUAUCUGGUAUUUUAUAUUUUGAAGCAUUUCCACUUUCUACUAAAAUCAGUUUUAAUUUAGAUUAAUUAAAUGACUUAUAAUGAGUCUUGGGCAAAAAACAAUACGAUUAUAAAUAAGUUUCAGAAGUCAUUUAUGUAGAAUAAUCUGAGGACCAGUUUUUUAAAUUAAAAAGGGACAUUGCUGAUAUUAAUUGCUCCUUCGAGGUAUAAGGCACUUAAAAGUUUUCUUUGUUUUGUAACCUGGAUACUUUUCCAUUUUUUAAGAAUAAAUGAACUUGGCAAGGGUA